AUGUCGGAUCCACCACUGGAAGGCGGCGUCGUCUGGAUCCAAGACUGGCAGUUGAUCCUCAGCUACUCGCAGGGGGAUGUGUUUAAGUUUUGGGAUUCCUACGCAGUGCCUGGAACUGGGAUCCUUGAAGGUCAUGUGACCUUUCCAGGCCAAUCCGAGGAGUGUUACAAUGCAAAGAAUGGUUUGACUGGAAUUGCAGUCAGACCUUUUCCAGACACUGAGAUGUUUAUUGUGAAAUUUUAUGGGUUCAGUCUGGGAAUGUGUAAUCCUUCUUCUUGCUCGGCCGAAGAAGUAUCAUUUAUAUUUGGAAACAGCAGCACAGUUGUCCUUGCCAGAAAAAAAUUCAACGCAGAUGUCGGCUUUGUAGUUGCAGUUCUAGUCUAUGGCCUUAUUCUUUCUGUAGUCUUCUGCGCAACUCUAAGAGGCACCUUCUUGAGAGCCAAAGCAAAAUACGAGAGCCUGAAGAGUGACAAUCAGGCGACGUAUGACGUCACACCGCCAACAGUCACAACAGUUCAAGAGGAAACUGACCAUACAAACUCAAAAGAGCUGCCGCAGUAUCAGCAGCGGAGAGAUCCACUUGCGAUCAGGAUUCUUAUGAGCUUCGACUUCUACGCCAACUUCUGCAAAAUCUUGGAAACUCCGAAGGUGCCGAACCCAGACCAGCUGGAUGUGUUAAAUGGGAUGCGAGUGAUGAGUCUGGGCUGGGUAAUCAUCUCUCACCUUUUGCUGCUCUGGCUCACAAUCGUGGACAACGUAAUCUACGUCAUCGACAGAAGCAAAAACCUGCUAUUCCAGACAAUCGCAAACGGAUUCUCGUCUGUCGAUACUUUCUUCGUCAUGGGCGCAUGCCUAGUCAUGCUAGGAACCCUGAGAUCCAUGGAUAAGCUGAAGAGCGCAAAUAAGCCUCAGGGGGUUUUCUGGUGUUGGUUCUACGUGCAUCGUUUGAUACGACUCUGGCCAACUCUCCUGCUCACAAUCCUCUUUGUAGCCGGGAUCUAUCCUAACCUGGCUCCCCUAUUUUACAGUCCAAUUUUCCAAAACGAGGAUCCCAGUAUGCCCUUUGCAGCUAGGUGCAAGAGAUCAAACUGGCUCUCUACUGCAUUUUUCUACAACAAUCUGGUGGAUAAUCCUAACAUCGCCUGCAUGGAUUGGACUUGGUAUGUCUCCAAUUACAUGCAGUUCUACCUCAUAUCACCUAUGUUUGUAUUACUGACCAUGAGAAAGAGACUAUUCGGAGCAGUUGCCAUUUCCACGGUCAUCGCCAUCAGCACCCUGACUGUCAUAUUGGGAUCUGGUUGGAAUAAAGUGCCUCCAGCUAACUCUGGCUUCCCUAUUCUCGCCAGAUAUGAAACUGCUUCUGUUACCUUCGAUAUGUUUGGCCCGUGGACAAUAAAGACAUACUUCUCCUCUUACUGUCGCUUCCAGGCGUACGGAGUAGGACUUUUGCUAGGGAUCGCACUUUAUGACAAGAAAGCGAUGAGCGACCAUCUCGAAAAGAUCCCGUUCCAUGUCAGAUUACUAAUCAUCACUGGCACCUGGGUGUCUGGAUUAAUGGCCGGCUCAGUCUCGGUGUACGGUUGCUACUUUUGGGCCAACGGGGCUCACACAGGCGUAUGGGAAGUGGCAGUCUACAAUGCGACUAUGCGUCUUAUGUGGGCAUAUUUCAUCUGUGUCAUUAUACUCAAUUGCUCUUUAGGUUACGGCGGAGUCAUCAACGAUAUUCUAGGCGCCAAAAUCUGGUCUUCAUUUGCUAAAGUUAACUACACAACUUAUAUAAUACACUUUGUCCUUCUCCAACUGUUUGUGCAGACUUUGGAACAGCCGAUCCGGUUCACUACCUUCAACUACAUUCUAUAUGCCAGUGGGAUGCUUAUGUGUAUUAACUGUGUGGCUUUAGUUUGCAGCUGUAUUAUUGAGACCCCUUUCAUCCAGAUGGAGAAAGUGCUAUUGGGGGUCAAGUAA